CAGUAAGAUGCUGAUAAAAUGUUAAGAAACAGAGGCGUUAAUGUGACCGAGAGGAAGAUUAGAGAAGACGUACUGAGGGCUUAUGAGUACGACAUCUUCGACGUGCCGCGGUGGAAGUAUAUGCAGGAGUUGGGGUGCCAGGCUAACAGAUAUAGGCAGCCAAGGUACUGCACGAUACCAAGACCAGUGUACUACCAGACCGUCAGGAGUUCUACCAACUACGGACGAGCAAGUCAAAGGUACGGAGCGCGGAGGGUGUACCUCCCAGAAAACGAGUGGGGGGCUAGCAGUGCUGACGAGUCCAUGAUGUUUGUUCGAAACCCAAGAUAUAACAUGGAAAGCUACUAUCCUAACGAAGUGUUCGACAGACCGUAUAGAAGAGAAAGAUACCCUGAUGGUUAUUACACAAGAAGGGCAUCCUCCAUAUACAUGGAACACGAGGAAAUGGAGAGGUUCCAGGCACCAAGAUACAAAACAGCAAGCUACUGUCCUAAAAGACAAACACAAUUAUCGAGGAAAGUAACUAGAAAACUAUCCCCAAUCUUCACGUGUGACUGUACUACCACAACCAAUAUAAAACAACCGACUAAUACUGACGUAGAUAAUGAUAACCCGAAAACUCAUUAUUUAUCUAAAGAAGCAAAUAACUUGUCACUUGAUAUUUGUAAGAUCUUAUCUUUACUUCAAAAAGAUAGAGAGCAUGAAGAUUUUUCUUCACGUUCUUUGUUACAAAAUAUUUAUGAUCUGGAAUGCCACAACACAAAUAGUGCUGCACUCAGGGAUAUCUGCACUCAGAGAGUGCAAAUACCCUCGAAAUUGCCAAACCAGAAAGAAAAUCCGUCGGAGAAGUUUAAAGCUGCUACAGGGGUUAGAAGCAAACUUGAAGCAUUAUUAAGUGCACUUAAACAAUACGAAGAAGAGAAGAUGUUAAACGAAUUGGGUAGUUCCGACAUAACUAAUGCUCCUAAUUAUAAAAAUGUUAUACCAUCAGAUCCACCUUCAUUGGAAGCCCAAUCUUUCAGCGGCGUGAAAGACGAAAAGUCAUCAACAAACAUUAAGGGUCAACAAAAAGAUAUGGUUUUGCAAACUGAAAACCCAAAAAUGAGUAAUAAAAAUGUUUGCAGCAAGAUAAAAACGAAGAAGGACAAUAUGCAGCAAAAAACAGCAGAAAUCCAGUCUCCGAUCAUAUUGUUAAAGAUCACGUGCCUAAAGAAGCAGCCGUAG